GCCUCUGCCUGUUCUCAUUCAGACCAGCAUCGCAACUAUCGUCAGAUCUAUUUGCUCUUUGUUCUUGCAAUUUUGUUACCUCUGCUCCGUACAGUGGAGGACUAUCAUUUUUCGUGUCGUUCUCGGACCGUCGCUAUCAGCUGUUGUUGCCAUGAUUCAACGGUGUUCAUUACGCCGUAGUCGCGCAAGGGGAGAUCAAGGACGGAUCACCUAGUCAGAAAGGAGCAUUGCAUCAAAUCUACCCCAAUUCCAAAGUCGAACAUCAUGGGCGACUCUGCAACAUUGCAUCCCGUCCAUGGCGACCUCUUCCAAAACCCGGAACCCUUUGCCCCUCAUCCUUUACUCCAGAUCCGUGCUGGUAGGAUCCAAAAGCUUUGGGGCAAGGGCAUCGAGUCUGCCAUCUACAAGGUGCCCCUCUCCGGCCCCGUACCAAUCACGCCCACAGGCAUUGCAACCGACCAACAAAGUUUCCACACCCACGGCGGAGUAGACAAAGCACUGCUACAUUACUGCUCCCGUCAUUACGACACCUGGAAGGAAGAGCUCCCACAGGCCUCCCAAUUCUGCAAUGCAGGCGCAUUCGGCGAAAACCUAGUUUCGACCGAGAUGGACGAGAGGACCGUCUGCAUCGGUGACAAGAUUUCCAUCGGAAACGUCUUACUGGAGGUUACGGGUUCGCGGGCGCCAUGCUACAAGCUCAACCACCGCUUUGAGAUUAAAGAUAUGGCCAAACGCGCGCAGACCCUUUUCCGAGUCGGGUGGCUAUAUCGCGUUUUGAAGACCGGCGAUCUGAAUGUUGGAGACAUGAUUCAGUUGGUCGAGCGACCGCACCCGGAAUGGACGUUGGCGCGGUUCAUGCACUAUCUUUACAACGAGAAAGAUAAUGUAAUCCGCAUGAAAGAGAUAGUACAGCUGCCACAAUUGGACGACUCUUUCACACGCAUGAUCCAAUCUCGACUUGAUAAAGGAUAUGCCGAAGACCAGGACGGAAGAAUGUUUGGAGGGGAGGAUGAGAGGAUGAGCACUUGGAACGAAUAUCGAAUCGUUGAAAAGAGACAAGAGACGAGCAAGGUGACGGCAUUCGUUCUCGACGCGCUAGAUCAAGAACGCGAGAGUACCCCAGUGGAGCCAGGAAGCCAUGUACGACUCAAACUCGGAGGCAAGCUGGUGCGGGCUUAUUCUGUUGUCGGAGGCACGUCGAAGAAGUUUGAGCUUGGAAUUGCUCUUGAUCCGGAGAGCCGUGGUGGAUCCAAGUUCUUGCACGAGCAGACAAAGGUCGGAGAUGUCUUGACGGUCGGAAACAUUACCGCAAGCUUUCCGCUCGCGGAGCAGGCAGACCGUCACAUUAUCAUUGCUGGCGGGAUAGGCAUUACCGCGUUCCUCGCUGCCCUGGAAUUCCUGAAAUCAUCCAACAAGGCUUAUGAACUCCACUUCGCAGUCGCUGCAGAGGUGCCCUACGCAAAACACAUCGCAGCUCUCGGGGCCAAUGCCACCAUCUACAACAGAUUUGCUGGCCAGAAGCUCGAUCUCGCCAAAGUAAUAUCCCGCGCCGACGUCAACACACACAUCUACUGCUGCGGACCACAACGUCUAAUGGACGGCGUAGCCUCCACCGCUAAAAACUUCAACGUCCCCGACUCCUCCCUUCAUUUCGAGCAAUUUGCCGUCGCGACAUCAGGGGAUCCGUUCACUGCAGAACUGAAGAACAGCAGAAAGACCGUCGAAGUCGGAGGAAGCCAAACCUUGCUAGACGUCUUGAAGGAGGUGGGUCUAGACAUCGAUUCCUCGUGCGAAGCUGGGAACUGCGGGACGUGCAGAGUCAAUGUGUGCGACGGGCGCAUCGAGCAUCGAGGCACUGGGCUCGUGGAGGCGGAGAAGAAGACAGCGAUGCUGAGCUGCGUUUCGAGGGGGAUCGGACAUAUCGUGUUAGAUUUGUAGUCUGUUAUCCAUGUAUGUAUGUUGAAAUUGAAAUAACUGUUUUACCGUU